GGAGAGGCUCGCGUAGGCUGCACGCCCGGGGUGGGAGGGACACGGCGCCGCGUCUGGAGCCGUCGCAGUCUGGUCGGUCCGUCCGCCCGCCCGCCGGUCCUUCCAGCCGCCUGCCUGCUGGGCAGGGCCGGCCCGGCCAUGGAGUCCUACGACAUCAUCGCCAACCAGCCGGUGGUCAUCGACAACGGUUCUGGGGUAAUCAAGGCUGGCUUUGCAGGAGAUCAGAUUCCCAAAUACUGUUUCCCAAACUAUGUCGGGCGCCCUAAGCACACGCGGGUGAUGGCUGGAGCCCUGGAAGGGGACCUCUUCAUUGGACCAAAAGCAGAGGAGCACCGGGGGCUGCUGACUCUGCGCUACCCCAUGGAGCACGGCGUGGUGCGGGACUGGAAUGACAUGGAGCGCAUCUGGCAGUACGUCUACUCCAAGGACCAGCUGCAGACCUUCUCCGAGGAGCAUCCUGUUCUUCUAACGGAAGCCCCGCUCAACCCGAGUAAGAACCGGGAGAAGGCGGCAGAGGUGUUCUUUGAGACCUUCAAUGUGCCGGCCCUGUUUAUCUCCAUGCAGGCCGUACUCAGCCUGUAUGCAACAGGACGCACAACAGGAGUGGUUUUAGACGCUGGGGACGGGGUUACCCACGCUGUCCCUAUCUACGAGGGCUUUGCCAUGCCUCAUUCCAUCAUGCGGGUGGACAUUGCCGGCCGUGACAUCUCCCGCUACCUCCGGCUGCUGCUGCGCAAAGAAGGCUUUGACUUUCACACUUCAGCUGAGUUUGAGGUGGUGCGGACCAUCAAAGAGAGAACCUGCUACCUGUCCAUCAACCCGCAGAAGGAUGAGGCUCUGGAGACAGAGAAGGUGCAGUACACCUUGCCGGAUGGCAGCGUGCUUGAUGUGGGGCCAGCACGAUUCCGGGCCCCCGAACUGCUGUUCCAGCCAGACCUGGUAGGGGAUGAGAGCGAGGGACUCCACGAGGUACUGGCCUUUGCCAUCCACAAGUCUGACCUGGACCUCCGCCGGACACUGUUUGCCAACAUCGUGCUUUCAGGCGGUUCUACGCUGUUCAAAGGCUUUGGCGAUCGAUUACUAAGUGAAGUGAAGAAGCUUGCCCCAAAGGAUGUCAAAAUCAAGAUCUCGGCUCCGCAGGAACGGCUGUACUCCACAUGGAUUGGUGGCUCCAUCCUGGCCUCGCUGGACACUUUUAAGAAGAUGUGGGUCUCUAAGAAAGAGUACGAAGAGGAUGGUGCUCGUGCUAUUCAUCGUAAAACCUUCUAGUGUCCAAGGAGGAGGGGCAGCAUGUUGGGAGAAUGGGAGGAAAAGGGAAGCCAAAGUCCUUGACCCUUUCUGGCCUGGGCUCACGACCAGGUGCAGGGUCCCCUGCACGCCCUGACCCCCAGGCAAGCGGUGCACAGCGCUUCUCCGCAGCCCUCUCCUCCGCGCACGCGCAGUGUUUAGCUGUAUGGGUGGGGCCUUGAGCUGGAGUUGAGGAACCCAGCCUUUGGUGGUGCUGGGUGUUCCCCUUGCCAGGACCAAUUAAGCCUAUGGUUCCUGGCUCUAACCCUUGGGGCUGCUUCCCUGAGCUCCAAGGACAGAUAUCCAAAUACCCCCAUUUCCUCUGAUAGGAUCCCUUCCAGGGCCAGGGUGCCGGGAUGCCCGUAACUAUCCUUGGGGAGUGGGGUAGAGGAGGGGUCAGCUAGCAGCUCCCCACUGGUGUGUUGUUUCUUGUGCCACCUCCCCUUCCUGACCUGACAGGGUAACAGAGGGCCAGCCAUUCCUGGGCAUCCCUGACCUCCACACUCUGCCUCCCUAUUAUCCUGAGUAGAUGCCUUGGUGCAACCCAGUGAGGGGUUCAGGCCCAGGGUUGGACUCUAUGGAGCCAGGGCAGAGUAUGCAGGGGAUUUGGGCAGCUACCGUCUGUUGGGUUCUCCCCUUCAAAGCACUUCAUUUACCUUCUCCUUUACCGUAGUACCCUGGAUGGGGAAGGGUUAAUGGUCUUCAUUUGUUGAGGGCAAGCCAAUUAUUCAGGAGUCAGACCCAGAGGGAUGAGGGGGCACAAAUCUCCCAUGACGGAGGUCUUCAUUACCCUGGGCCAGGACCCCCCACCUCCCCUUCCCAGAUAUGUAUAAUAAUUUAACACAGUUGCCUGAACAAUUUUUUUGUAAAUCAUUAUAGUAAUGAUUAUGGACAAGGCCCAGUGUGUGGCUGUUUUCUUGAGGUUCUCUUGCUGUUGUUUGCUCACCCAUCCCUGGGGACUUGGAGAGAGAGGACGGGCACGAACUCAGUAUGGCACUGGCUCUCGUUCAGAAGCCUGAGGGUUUCCAUGGUUGGUGGGGCAACGUGGCACGAGAGGCCCCAAGAGGCUGGGCUCGCAAUCUGCUGGCAGAAUUCCCCAGCCUCAUUACCCACUUGUAGCAGGCCUCCAGGAGAAGCUGAGAACAAGGCACCUUCCUCCACCUUAUUCCUGGGCAGGGCCUCCUGGCAGGUGGGGCUCGCCCUUGGUGCCUUUGUACCCUUACCUGUUUGAACACCUCUGUUGGCCUACUUACGUGUGGCCAAAGCUGACAGAUCACCAAUAAUGCAGACUUGGUUCAGACAAGUCAGGAAGGAGAGUGACGGGGGUGACGGCAGAGGUUGUGUCGAUGAGCUGGGCUCUGAAGGCAAAAGCUGAGGGAAAGGGCAGUGAGAAAUGAGUCCAGAGUGUCUGCCCUUUCCUUUCAGCGAGUAUUUGAACACCUCCAGCAUGUCCAGGAGGGUGCCAUGUUUGGGGUCAGUCGUAAACAUGUCUUUGCCCCAAAAAACAUAGGUUGGGAAUAACAGGCCAUUUCAGUACAGCGGUGUGGGAGCAAAGGAGGGGCAUCUAAUCCAGCAGGUGGGGCAGGCUGACUUGCACUGCUGGUCCAGUAGUUAACCAGGUAUGAAAGGGUGUUCAGGCAGAGGUAAGAGCUCAAGGAGACUCCUGGGACAGGUGGGACUGGACAGAAAGGCAUGCACCCGAGUGAUACCAAGUCUGCAGGGAAGGGAAAGUAGCCUCUAGCUAGAAUGCAAGAUAUAUCAGAAAGGUAGGUUGGGGCCAGCAUGUGGAGGGCUUUGUGGAUAUUUAGCUGUGUCCUGGGUGAUGGGCAGCCUGCCAGGGGAGGAUGGUUAUAGCUGUGUGGUGAAGGCAAUGGAGUUAGUGUUGCUGAGGGAGGGCCCAGAACUGAGAUCCAGUAGAAGAGGAGAAAUUACUCUAUCCAGCCUGACCUCACAGGGUAUCUUGUGAGGCUUUGUGGUCAGACAGCAGUUAAGCCCAUACCCACCCUCAAGGGGAAAAUGGAAUUUACAGAGAGCCCUUUGUUGGAGGUUGUGUUCAUGUACCACUUUCUCCCAGCCAUACAAAUUGGAGCCCUAUUACUUUGAGUCCUCCCUCUUCCUUACCUACUUCACAUGCUUGUCAGUUACUAA